AUGUCGGACGGCGGCGACAUUGAAAUGCGCUCGUCGUCGUUGUCGCCAGCGCCGCAACAGCCUCCGUCGUCGCCAGAGCCAACGGAGACAGAGCCGGCACCACCACCACCACCACCGCCAGUCGAGUCAACGCCCAAGAAACCUCGCAGCAAACACCAUUCACCGACACCGCCCCCGCAGCCGCCUCCUCCGCCGCUCCAGACGAUUCGUCUGGAUAUCACGCUCGGGGGCCCAGCAGACUACGAAGUCGACAUCGCCAUGAUGGCCCUCGCAGCAGGCCAGAGAGUCGACGUACCAGUGCCGGAGGACAAAGCGGACACGAGUGAGAGCGAACCUGAGCCUGAACCGGAAGGAGAGUUGACUUCCUUGUUCAAGAGGAAAAAGAGGAAGAGCUACGCACAGGAAUACUACGAUACUAACGACCCUUUUAUUGACGACUCGGAGCUUGCAAUUGAUGAGCGCAAGUUUUUUGCUCAGACCAAACAGCGUGGAUUCUAUGUCUCUUCUGGUCAGGUUGCCUUGCUCAAGGAUACUCCCAAGGAAAAACCUCCGAUGAAACCGCGCUCCAAAUUGGUCCCGACCCUCGUCACCAAAUCCGAAGACGGCACUCGCGACUCUCCCAUCGCACUCUACUCCGACUCUGAGAGCGCCGCCCAGGAUCCUUCACAGACGGCGCAGGCCGGGCAGAAGAGGAAACGGUACAUCAGCGUCGUGGAGAAUGGCAAGAAGCGCAAGGUCGUAGACGUCACGUCCUUUGAUCCCAAGCUGCAGGAAGCCAUCGAGGAGCUCAAGGCUGCGAUCGCUGCGGAGGACUGGACUAACAAGGGCAAGUUCCCGCCCAACAUCAAGCCUAUCCUCGCCAAGGUCGCACUCAAAGCCGUCGAGCUCAACGAGUACGAUGAUCAUUUCUUCAACCUCAUGCCUACACUCUUCCCUUACAACAAAUUUACCAUGACCAAACUCAUCAAACGAACGAUCUUUGCUGACCAUACAGCUAUGCUCGCCAAACGCCAAGAGAUUCUCUUAGAGGAACUAGCCAAGCAGGCAAAGGCAGGCUUCGCCAAAGGCCGAGGAGGACUGGCAACAUGCUGUGGUCGCGAGGGCGGGUCCACCGAAGGCACGAAAGAACCUCAGCCGCCGCAUAAGAAGUACAGGAUGACUGAGAGCAUGAAGAAUAUCGUGUGGGAGCUCGUGUUGUUGAGUAAUGAGUGUUGUAGGCUGGAGAACGAGAAGAAUCAACUGGAGGGUUCGAUUAUACAAGUCUUGUAUCAGAAGAUCGUAGCAGCCUAUCCAGAGGGGUGGAUGUCGAGUGGCCAGAUCAGUCGGGACGUAUCUGCCAUGAAGAAGAGGCUUGAGCGAGAGGCUAUGGAGACCGGUGAAUAA